CCCGCCCCCGCCAUGCUUCCGUGGCCGGUGCCCCCGUGAGAGGCGAGCGGUGUUGCCGGCGGCCAUGCGGGUCCUGGCAGGCUGGGCCGUGCUGGUGGCGUUGGGAGAGUGGCUGUGGGCCGGUGGGGAGGUGCCGCUGGGGGACUUCUACCCCUUCGGGCCGGCCCAGGGCGACGCCGCCACGCGGAAGCAGGACGACGGUGGCUCCGAGCUCCGGCCGCUCUCCAUCCCCUUCCCCUUCUUUGGUGCGGGGCACACCGGCCUCUAUGUAAAUAACAAUGGGAUCAUCUCAUUCCUGAAGGAGGUCUCCCAGUUCACGCCGGUGGCCUUCCCCAUCUCCAAGGACCGGCGUGUGGUUGCUGCUUUCUGGGCGGAUGUGGAUAAUCGGCGGGCGGGAGAAAUAUAUUACCGGGAGAGCACGGAGCAGCCCAUCCUGGAGAGAGCGAGCAGGGACAUUGCCCAGUAUUUCCCUGAGUUCCCAGGGUUUUCUGCACAGUGGGUCUUCAUUGCAACCUGGUACCGAGUCACCUUCUUCGGGGGCAGCUCCUUUUCACCAGUAAACACUUUCCAGAUUGUCCUCAUCACGGAUGGCAAGCUUUCCUUCACCAUCUUUAACUAUGAGUCCAUCACCUGGACCACGGGUAUGCACGCCAGCAGUGGGGGGGACUUUGCUGGGCUCGGUGGCAUCGCGGCACAGGCAGGUUUUAACGCUGGUGAUGGAAAACGCUACUUCAACAUCCCCGGAUCCCGCACCGAUGACAUCGCUGACGUGGAGAUGACGACAAAUGUGGGUAUCCCCGGGCGCUGGGUGUUCAGAAUCGAUGAUGCCCAGGUGCAAGUGGGGGGCUGCAGCAAUACAACCUCUGUCUGCCUGACACUGCGGCCCUGCCUGAAUGGGGGGAAGUGUAUCGAGGACUGCAUCACAGGGAACCCCUCCUACACCUGCUCCUGCCUGGCCGGUUUUACUGGGAAGAGGUGCCACGUUGAUGUGGAUGAGUGCCUCUCCCAGCCAUGUCAGAACGGAGCCACCUGCCUCAACGGUGCCGGCAGGUUCACCUGCAGGUGCCCACCAGGCUUCAGAGGCAACAACUGCGAGACUGAAUCACCAUGUGAGAACAAGGUGUGCCAGAACGGUGGGAGUUGCCAGGUGGUGAACAGGACAGCAGUGUGCUUGUGCCAGUCGGGGUACACAGGGGUGGACUGCCAAACAGAGGUGAACGAAUGUGAGUCCAGCCCAUGCCUGAACGGCGGGCACUGCAUUGACCUGGUCGAUAACUACACCUGUGUGUGCCUGGAGCCCUAUGUGGGACAGCGCUGCGAGACAGAUUCAUCUUCCUGCGAGGACCGGAGUUGCCAGAACCGGCAGACGUGCAACUACAUCCGCCCUGGCCGCUAUAUCUGCACCUGCUCCCCGGGUUAUUACGGCAGCAACUGCCAGUAUGGUGGGCCCCGCGUGCCUGGUGCCUGUCUCUCCCACCCGUGCCAAAACGCAGGCAGCUGUCUGGAGACAGAGCAGGGCUAUGUCUGUGAGUGCCAGGAGGGCUACACUGGACAGGACUGUCGAGACCAGCUCUCUGAGGGCUGUGAGUGUCGUAAUGGGGGCAGUUGUCUGGAGGGAAAUGUCACCGUCUGCCAGUGCCUUCCUGGGUAUUUUGGUCUCCUCUGUGAAUUCGAAGUCACCACGACGCCGUGCAACAUGAACACGCAGUGCCCGGACGGUGGGUACUGCAUGGAGUACGGCGGGAGCUACCUCUGUGUCUGCCACACCAACUACGGCACCAACCACACGAUGCCGUCCCCCUGCGACUCAGAGCCCUGCUUGAAUGGGGGGUCCUGCAAGGUUCAUGAUGACUCGUACGUCUGCGAGUGUCCUCAAGACUUCCUCGGCAUGCACUGCGAGAAAGCCAAGCCUCGGCUCUGCAGCGCGGGGCCCUGCCGCAACGGGGGCACCUGCAGGGAGGCGGAUGGCGAGUACCACUGCACCUGCCCCUACCGCUUCACCGGCAAGCACUGCGAGAUCGGUAAGCCGGACCCCUGCGCGUCGGGGCCCUGCCAGAACGGAGGCACCUGUUUCCACUACAUCGGCAAGUACAAGUGUGACUGUCCCCCAGGAUACACCGGCCGGCACUGCGAGAUGGUGCCCUCCCCUUGCUUUCUUAGCCCCUGCCAGAAUGGGGCUACCUGCGAGGACCUUGGCGGGGGCUAUGCUUGCACCUGCUCCGUGGGCUAUGUAGGGAAGCGCUGCCAGUUUGAGGUCGACUGUGGCAUCCCCAGUGAGGUGAAGCAUGCCCAGGCUUCUUUCAACUCCACCAAGGUGGGUGCACUGGCUGAAUACCAGUGUGAGCCGGGCUACAUCCUCAGCCAGCACAACCAUCCCCGUGUCUGCCGUGUGCCGGGUGUCUGGAGCGACCCCCCCGAAUGUGACGAGAUCGACGAGUGCCAGUCGCAGCCCUGCCUGAAUGGUGGCCAGUGCAAGGAUCGUGUCUCUGCCUUCCUGUGCUUGUGUGAGCCAGGUUACACUGGCUACCACUGCGAGCUGGAUGUUGAUGAGUGCCAGUCGGAGCCCUGCAAGAACAGUGGGACCUGCCAAGACCUCCCCGGGUCCUUUGCUUGCUACUGUCCUGAGGGCUUCCUGGGGACCCAGUGCGAGACAGAAGUGGAUGCCUGUGAGUCAGACCCUUGCCGAAACGGAGGGGAGUGUGAGAGCUACGGGGGCUCCUACCUCUGUGUGUGCCCAGAGGGUUUCUUCGGCUACCACUGUGAGACAGCCAGUGACCCGUGCUUCUCCAGCCCCUGUGGGAGCAGAGGCUACUGCCUGCCCAGCAAUGGCACCCACAGCUGCACCUGCAAAGUCAGCUACACAGGCAAGAACUGCGAAAAAGAAUUGCUGCCACCAACCUCAUUAAAGGUGGAAAGGGUGGAGGACACUGGUGUGUUGAUUUCUUGGCACCCACCUGAGGACGCAGCUGCCAGGCAACUCAUUGACGGCUACGCCGUGACGUACGUAUCCCUCGACGGCUCUUACCGCAGGACAGAUUUUGUGGACCGAAGUCGUUCUGCCCACCAAUUGCGGGCACUAACCUCCGGCAGAGCCUACAAUAUUUCUGUCUUUUCAGUCAAACGCAACGUGAACAACAAGAAUGAUAUCAGCAGGCCCGUCAUGCUCACCACGCGCACUAGACCGCGUCCGGUGGAAGGCUUUGAGAUCACGAAUGUCACUGCCAGCGCCAUCACGGUGCAAUGGGCUCUCCACCGACUCCAGCAUUCCACUGUCAGUAGGGUGAGGGUCUCCAUCCGCCAGAUGGGGGACCUGGCAGGCCGCACCGUGGAGCUGAACAGCAGCGUGGCCAAGUACACCUUCCUGGACCUGCAACCAGGAGAGAGAUAUAUCAUCCAUGUCACAACGCUGAGCGGCCUGGGAGUGGAAGACCACCCCUCCGAGAGCCUGGCCACAGCCCCUUUUCAUGUGUGGACAAGGCCUCUCCCCCCACAAAACCUCACCGCCUCCCACGUCACCGCCACCUCUGUGUCCAUGGCGUGGGAGCAGCCGCCCGUUGGCACCAUGGAGGGGUACAUCAUCAACGUCACCACGGCCCAGAGCGUCAAGAGCCGCUACGUGCCCAACGGGAAACUCGUGUCCUACACGGUGCGGGACCUGCUGCCUGGGCAGCGCUACCACCUGUCCUUGACAGCUGUGCAGAACACGGAGCAGGGCCAGGUGCACAGCGAGCCCAUCCACCUCUACGUCACCACCUUGCAGAGGGAUGGAGCUCCAGAGAGACGGUGGAGCCAAGCUGGGCACCCCCGGGUACUGCGCAACAGGCUGCCCCCAGCUUUCCUGCCCGAGCUCCGCCUGCUGGCAGAUCAUGACACAGCUGAGGAGCCCUCGCCAGCCCCCAGGUUCACGGAGCUGGUGGAUGGCAGAGGGAGGAUCAGCGCCAGGUUUGGCACUGCGCUGGGAAAACCCAUCACUCUGAAGACACAGCCAGAGGCUCCAGUGAAGCUGGAGAACACAGAGGUGUCCAGCUGGGACAGUCUGGCACUGCAGCUGCGUGAGGCAAAGAGCAAGAGAGAGGGGCAGAACUGCUCCAAGAAUCCCUGCAGGAAUGGAGGCACCUGUACCCGAGAGGACGAGUCCUACCACUGUGCCUGCCGCCCAGGCUUCAAGGGCCGGGUCUGCCAGCUGGGUCCAGGAGAGUCUACAAGGUACACCAGGACAUCUGCUACAAGGAGAGCUGUGAGAGCACCGCUUCUGAGAGGACGAGCAGCAGGUACAGCCCGCAGCAGCACACUGAAUGCGCUGUCCUGUGAUGCUGCACAGGAGGAUGUGGCUGGUGGUGUGCCCCGUGGGGACACCCAGGCUGGGGCUGGGCUGCUGGAGGGGCGCAGACACGACCAAGGCUGCCAGUGCCUUGUGCUUGCCUGUGAGCAAUGGCCAGGGCGCUUGGGGCUGACAGCGCUGUCCUCCCUUCUCUUCCAGAAAGCCAAGCAACAGUCACACACUGAAGAAGCCGUAGAAGUAAGUACCUGCUGCAGCCCUCCUCAGGGGCAGGCAGGGGCAGUUCUGCAGGGAGUCGGGGAGAUGGGUGCAGGCCAGGGCACAACCCUGGUCACGCCGCCGUGUCGAGGGGGUGGGAGGGUUAUGGCUGAGGACUCCUGGUUGUGGCUGGGGUAGAGAAGCAGGAGACAAUGCUCUGCUUCCCCCUGGCUCUGCAGCUCCAUGAACAAGAGAUCCCUGCACAGAAAGGGCCGGGCAAAGGCUGGAGUCCUGGUCCAGCAGGUCCUCUCCUCUCUGGUGCACAGGGUGGGAAGAGGCCAGCUGUGGGGCACCUGACAGACUCUGCACACCAGCUCAUUUUACUCCUGCUCCUCCACAGGGUUUGAAACAGUAGAAGCUUCGUCUUUCCACAUCUAAAGGGCUUUUUGAACACCAGGAAGAUCAGAUCUGCUCACUGGGUUGAACACAGCAGGGGAGCCUUCCUGCCUGGUGUCAACCUCUCCCUCUCCUCCAGCCCAUUAGGGACACGCAGCUGGAUCAGCACACUGAGUAGUGCUCCCUUUCCCCCUGCUGGCCCAGCACUGCCUUUGCUGGCCCCCUCUCUGCCUCUGAGGAGCUGAGCACCAGUGCCCCUUGAGGGGGCCAGCCCUGCUCAGCUCCCCCAGCCACUCUGCACAAGCGACGGGCUCCCUGCAUCACUCAGGGAUCAGCCCAGCUCCUUGCCAACAGCUUCUGCACCAAUCUGUUCUCGUAAUCCAAGGUUAUAAAUUACCUAUAACCCUCAAAUAAAACAGUUUAAUGCAGACCAAAAAGCCUUAGCCAUCACCUGAAAUCUGGCCUCCAAAAAUACGCUCUGAGGAGCAGCCUCUGUAGAUGAGUUAGAAAUGGUGAGCAGCUCCGAGUGGUGAGGCCAGCACGGGCAGUAGAGGAGCAUUCCUGUUUCCUCUGCUCUGGCAGGGGCAACUGAGGCAGCUUCUACUGCCUGCCUUUUUUCUUUGCUUUGUAAACAAGCCCUGGUUUUAACCAAAUUUCCAGCUCAGAAACCGAUAGAGCACCCAAAAAGAAUUUUAAGUGCGAUCUGUAGGGUGAAGGCUGUCAGCUGAGGCAUGCCACCACACUUGUCGUUGCCUCCACAGCGGUGCAGGGCACAGCAGAGGCUUGGCGAGGGAGCCAGCCCCGCAUGCCAUCCCCUGGCACUGCACCCCGAGUUUGCCUUCCCUGUGGCACCAGUGCUGCAGGGUGGUGUGGAGGAGAGGACCAGCAGCCAGCACUGCGGCAGGGCAGGCAAGGAAAGAACAAGUGUAGCUUAGAAACGUUGCUAGUUUUUGUGAGUUUGUAUGACAACACUAGUUAAACAUAGAUUUGUGUAUUAAAGUACACGGUGUAUAUUAUAAAUUAACACAUACCAGAGAUAUAUCGCAGUUAUGGUAUAGAGCGUCACGGCCCCAGCACAGUGGGGUUAUUCUGGGGGGGAGGCUCUCCCCUCCUGCCGAGCAGCACACAGCUCUCUUGCUCAGCCACGUGUCUCAAGCAGCAGCGUGGAGGAUGCUCGCAGAGCAGGACAGCCCCAGGAGUUUCAGCGCUCCUGCUGCCAGCCUAUUCCUCCUGGGAGCAGUGUAACAAUGCUCAGGCUGGAGGCACAGCUGCAGAGGUUGGGGACAGGGACAAUGUGAAGCCACAAGCAGCUCCCCUCCUAGGUUUGAUCCCACAGGACAGACGUGCCUUGUUUCCCUCCAAGGCUGCCUGGUUCUGUUCCAGCUGCUGGGCAAGCAUAGCAGCCCUGCCUCCCCAGGGCAGGAGAAAAAGCCAACCCUCCCUAGCAGGAAGAGCAGGGCAAGGGGAAACCCAGACAGGAGGGUUUGGAGCUGUGGGCUGGAAGUAUUUGCACCCCUGCUCUGUCAGCCACGAGAUCAACACUGGCAUGGUCUGUGGAGGUGGAGGUGGCCCUGCCAUGGGAAAGUUCUGUUUCCACAGGACCUGGUCCCACUGCCAGCCAGCAGAGCAGCCCACAGCCUCCUGUCCCACAGCUGGCUCAGUAUGUAAUGCAGCCAGAAGGUUUUAACCUAGUCUUGGAAAUAAAUUAGGAGGUUUUGUUUGAUUUUUUUUAAUAAAAACACUUUAUGGAA